UUUGUCCCCCCCCAAGCUUCCGUACGGGAUCCCGGAAGUGUUACCAUGGAGACGGUGGGGCGUUUGUGCCGGGGGGCUUCAAGAUGGAGAAAUACCAGAAAAUCCGGGUGGUCGGCAGAGGAGCCUUCGGGAUCGUUCACCUGUGCCUGAGAAAGGCAGACCAAAAAUUAGUGAUCAUCAAGCAAGUCCCCGUGGAGCAGAUGACUAAAGAUGAGCGCCUUGCAGCACAAAAUGAAUGUCAAGUACUAAAACUGUUGAAUCACCCGAACAUCAUUGAAUACUAUGAGAAUUUUCUGGAAGACAAGGCCCUUAUGAUUGCCAUGGAGUAUGCUCCAGGUGGCACGGUAGCUGAAUACAUCCAGAAGCGCUGUAAUUCUCUGUUGGAUGAAGAUACCAUCCUACACUUCUUUGUCCAAAUCCUCCUUGCUCUGCAUCAUGUGCAUAACAAACUCAUCCUCCACCGAGACUUGAAAACACAGAACAUCCUGCUGGACAAACACCAGAUGAUUGUAAAGGUUGGCGACUUUGGAAUCUCAAAAAUUCUCAGUAGUAAGAGUAAAGCCUACACGGUUGUGGGAACCCCCUGUUACAUCUCUCCAGAACUGUGUGAGGGGAAGCCCUAUAACCAGAAGAGUGACAUAUGGGCGCUGGGCUGUGUCCUCUACGAACUUGCAAGCCUUAAGAGGGCAUUUGAAGCUGCGAAUCUACCUGCUUUGGUGCUGAAGAUCAUGAGUGGAACGUUUGCUCCAAUAUCAGACCAGUAUAGUCCUGAACUUCGACAACUUAUUCUUAGCAUGCUCAACUUGGACCCUUCCAAAAGACCACAGCUGAAUGAGAUCAUGGCUCAUCCUAUCUGUAUACCCUCCCUUCUAAACUUGUACACUGACAUCGGCAGUGUAAAAAUGAGAGUGGAGAAGCCUCUGGCAGCAAUGCCUGCAGUAACUCGUGGACGGCCAGCUGGCCGGAUCCCCAGCGCCAGAUCCCGCGGUGGCCGCCUGGGGUAUUCUCCUGCAAAGCCAGGUAUUCCUCCCCCUCUGUCCUCUGUGUACACUUGGGGGAGUGGGAUCACCACCCCUCUCCGUCUGCCAAUGCUGAAUACAGAGGUGGUCCAGGUGUCAGCUGGCAGAACCCAGAAAGCAGGAGUCACCAAGUCUGGGAGGAUUAUCAUGUGGGAGGCCCCCCCAUUAGGCGCUGGAGCUCCUUCUCUUCCAGGAUCUGUAGAGCAUGCACAGCCUCAAUUCAUUUCCCGUUUUUUGGAAGGCCAGUCCGGAGUUACCAUAAAGCAUGUCUCCUGCGGCGACCUGUUUACUGCCUGUUUGACAGACAGGGGGAUCAUCAUGACAUUUGGCAGUGGGAGCAAUGGUUGCUUAGGGCAUACCAAUUUUAAUGAUGCCACUCAGCCCAAGAUCGUAGAAGCUCUCCUGGGUUAUGAGAUAGUUCACGUGUCCUGCGGGGCUUCACAUGUUCUUGCAGUUUCGAACGAGAAAGAAGUGUUUUCCUGGGGCCGUGGGGACAAUGGACGUCUUGGCCUUGGGAACCAGGAAUCUCACAAUUCUCCUCAGAAGGUAGCAAUCCCACAGGAGUAUGAACCACAGAAAGUCAUGUGUGGCAUUGACAGUUCCAUGGUUCUAACAGUGGGCAACCAGAUCCUGGCCUGUGGCAGUAACAGAUUUAACAAGCUGGGCUUAGAUCAUAUCUCGUCUGUUAAUGAGCCCCCUCCAGAGGAUCAAGUGGAAGAGGCCUUCACCUUCACUCCUGUACAGUCGGCACCUCUGAACCAAGAAGCCAUCCUGUAUGCUGAUGUGAGCACCUCCCACUCUGCUGUAGUGACUGCCUUGGGUCAGUGUUAUACCUUUGGUAGCAAUCAACACGGACAACUAGGCACUAGCACCUACAGACAUAGCAGAGUGCCCUGUCUUGUGAGUGCACCCCAGGGAUUGAAGGUCACAAUGGUGGCAUGUGGUGAUGCCUUCACUGUAGCAGUUUGUACAGAUGGCCAAGUCUUGACCUGGGGAAAAGGAGCCAGAGGACGAUUAGGACGCAGAGAUGAGGGAAUUGGGGUCCCCAAAAUGGUACAACUUGAAGAGAGCCACCCUUAUACUGUGACAUCGGUGGCCUGUUGCCAUGGCAACACUCUUUUAGCCGUGAAGCCUGGCAUUGAAGAUGUUUCUGUGUGAGAGAAGAACGUCAAAAGAGCCACGAGUCCGGGUGGACCACCGCCAUAAGCAUCCUGCCUGUGGUGCUUUAUAUUCUCUUCCUGACGAUAUAUUCAGGGUGUACACAGUGAGCAGCUUGUUACUACAGGAUUCAGCCAAACCCUAUGGCAGGGACAAUAAGCUAGAGUAAGGUACAGACAUUUCUGUAGAUCUCCAUAACAUAACCGGCGCUUAUGAGCUUGAUUUCUCUUUUACCAAUUUUUACAACACAAACAUGGGAAGGCAG